AUGUCUUCGAUAGACAACCCAAUUGCCUCUACGGCUUCAACUACGGCUACGCCCACGAACUCUACGCCAUCUCCUUCUACCGCAAGCCCCCCGGCUUCUGCGCCGCCGAGCUCCGCACCUCGCCGUUUGCCCCGAAAGAGCACGCUAACUCAGCAGCAGAAGAACCAAAAGCGACAACGGGCGACCCAGGAUCAAUUGGUUACUCUGGAAUUGGAGUUCAACAAGAACCCAACACCGACGGCUGCCGUCCGCGAACGAAUCGCCCAAGAGAUCAACAUGACUGAGAGAUCAGUGCAAAUUUGGUUUCAGAAUCGGCGUGCAAAAAUCAAGAUGAUUGCCAAGAAGAGUAUCGAGACUGGCGAAGAUUGCGACUCUAUCCCAGACUCAAUGCGACAAUACUUGGCCAUGCAAUUCGACUCUCACAAACCCGGUGCUAGGGAAUUGUUUGGACGAUCUAACGGGUUAGGUGCAUUGGGUCACGGGUAUGGGUAUGGCGGAGAUGCAACUUCAGGAAAAGUUGUCAUUCAUCAUUUUACUUGCCGUACCCUUAGCAUUGGCACAUGGCGACGUUUUGGACAGAAUGCCAUGGAUCUGGUUAUUUUCUACUCCCCGGACAAGGCCAGCAUGACUUACUACAUCAACAAUGAUCAGGCUGGCUACAAAAUCGAGUAUCCAUUCUCGUAUAUCAAAAACGUGACCUUGGAUAAUGGGGACCCAACACUCAACGCAAACGGCCUUCCUGUGCGACCUGGGGGUCUGAUAAUUGAAUUAAACCGCCCUCCCAUUUUCUGGAUGGACAGCUCAAAUUCCGGCGGCUUUUACCAGUGCGGUGAUUUCACCGAAGAUCAGCAAGCGAGCCGUGUCAUGGUCCACCAUCUAGGCGGCCAUCCCAAGGUUCUCAGCGUGCAGCUGGCAAAACUGGUCUCUCUGGAAAGUUUCCAAAACCGCUUGAGCUUCAACUACUCCGUAUCUGCGCCGGUUACUCCUCCCCAGGAUAUCCAUCGUCCCGCGUCUCAGCCGAAUCAAUUCACGUUGGCGCAAAUGGGCAUAUUCCCAGAAUCGCAUCUUAGUGUCAACCCUAUGCCUCGUGGCCACAAACGCCAGCGUAGUCGAUCAGUGCCAGCGGCGGUGGAUUUAUCAUAUUUGCAAACACCAAUUUCUCCCUUCCAGAUUCAAGCUCCUGUGUCGAUGACACCGAACCCCAACAUGUACGCGCCUAUUCCUCACCAUCCGAAUGCAUUGCAGGGGCUAGGGAACGACCUUCGAAUUGAUACCACGUCGACGUUUGGCGUAGAUCCUCGAUCUUACCCAAUGUCUGCGACUACCAUGUCCGAGUUUCCUGGUGCCAGUCCGUCUUACUACUCGACUGCUACCCCAUCGGAAUCAAUCGCCAUGGUUGGAAAUCCCGGAAACCAAUUCAGUCUUCCUUACGUAUCGCCGUCCCCAAUGGACCAGUCAAAGAUGCUGAGCCAACCGCCCGCAUCGAUGCCGACUUUCAGUCAUGUAGAUCCUCUGAUUGCCAACCACUCGCCUCCGCUCGCAACUAUGCACAAUGCUGCUGGUUCAAAUGAUAUGUACAACUUUGGUGCUGAUCAGCAGCAUGGCCUUUCUGACGAUGGAGUUGGGUUGAGUGAGAUGUAUUCAAAGCAUCACAUCAACCAAUUUCCGAUCGAUGGCACAAGCUUUGAGUUCACCAUGCCUGGCAUGGCCGAAACUCAGUCACCCAUGACUGGGGAACUGCCAUCAUAUGACUUGAUCCAGACGAGUUCCUCUUGA